CUUCCUACGCCAUGCGCCACUGAGCUGCACUGUUAUGCUAUAAUGUUUUAUGAUGCGUUCUUGUUACUGUCUGCUGACAGUUUGUGUUGGAUUCGUGGCAGUAUGGAUAGGGUAUGAUCUAUCAGUAUCUCAAGAUGGUUCUGAACGAUAUAGGUUUGGUUCUUUUGCACCAGUAAGGAUGGGUUCUCAGGCCAAGUGGUUUGUGGAUGGACAGGAUUAUAUGUCAGCUGUUGCCGAUACCAUCAUGGCUGCAAAAUACGAGAUCUUUAUAGCUGACUGGCAAAUGAAUCCUCAUAUCUUCAUGAAGAGGCCAGACAAUGGAAUAACCAGCUUGGAAUCACGGCUAGACCGGAUGCUGCUAAAAAAAGCUGAAGAAGGUGUUCGUGUGUACAUACUACUGUACUGGGAAACUAAAAUAAAUGCUGAUAUGGACCUUGGAAGUGACUACGCACAAUCUAUUUUGAGGCAUAAAAAUAUUAAAGUAUACCGUCAUCCAACAUUCUACACUCCUGUAAGCAAUCCUAAAAACUCUGUUGAGUGGAGCCACCAUGAGAAGGUGGUCGUUGUUGACCGGAUCAUUGCAUUUGUUGGUGGGAUUGACUUGUGUUUUGGACGCUGGGACACACAUUCCCAUGAGUUGCAUGAUGACUAUCCUCUUCAUCCUUGUGUAUUAGGUAAAGAAGAUAGUGAACAUUCCGUUACUGAGGAAGCCACUGAGGAAGCCACUGAGGAUACUAGUAAGGAACCAAUAAAGAAAUAUCGUCGUUGGAUUGGCAAGGAUUAUGGCAAUACCCUUCUUGGUGUUGUUAGGACUAAAUUUAAUGAACCUUUUCAAGAUUAUAUUAACAGAAAGAAUGAUCCUCGAAUGCCAUGGCAUGAUGUUUCAUGUAUGUUCAAUGGAGAUCCUGCUUUAGAUGUUGCAAGACACUUUAUUCAGAGAUAUAAUGCGAUCAACCAUGAGAAUUCUUGGUUGAAGUUUUGGAAUCGUCCCCAACUUUCCAUUGAGAAUUGGAAUCAUCCUGACACUCAUGACACCAUUCCUGAUCCGAGUGCUAGUGACGUCAACAUUCAAGUUCUUCGAUCAGUAGGAAGCUGGUCAGCUGAGCAGCCACACGAAGAUUCAAUUCAUCAAGCUUAUCUCCAUGCAAUUAAGAACGCUGAGCAUUUCAUCUACAUCGAAAAUCAGUACUUUAUUUCAUCGCAGCCAAAAGAGAUAAUCAGGAAUGUUCAGAAUGCAAUUCAACUGGCUUUAUGUGAUAGAAUUGCCCGUGCUUAUCUAAGUAGUGAAAACUUCCAUGUGCUUAUUUUGUUGCCUCUACAGCCAGAAUUUUCUGAUGAAUGGGGCACUGGUGGUCCAAAGGAUAGUGUGAGUUACUGGAACUAUGCUACUCUUUACAGAGGGGAAGAUUCAUUAUUCCACAAAUUGAAGAAAAUUGUUCCAGAAGAAUACCUACAUCGCUAUUUGAGUGUAUACAGUCUGCGGACACAUGACAUUUUGGGUGAUAGAAUUGUCACUGAGAUUAUCUAUGUGCACAGUAAGUUGAUGAUUGUGGACGACCGACUUGCUAUCAUUGGAUCAGCCAAUAUCAAUGACUGCAGCAUGCUUGGAGAUAGGGAUUCAGAGGUGGAUGUGAUAAUAGAAGACAAAAACCUGAUUGAUGGGAAAAUAAAUGGACUACCCUAUCGUGUUGGAAAAUUCUCUCAUGGGUUAAGAUGUCACCUUCUGAAAGAACAUCUUGGCUUACUGGAUGAGGAAAAUUGGGGCAUAGAUUUGGAAGUAGAGGAUCCAUUGGCGGACGAUUUCUACGCAGAACUUCUCAAAAUAGCUUCAACUAAUACUGAAAUCUACGAAACAGUAUUUUUCCGGAAGAUUAUUCCAACAAAUCCGAAAUGGACCUUUGAAGACAUGAAAGAGUGGCAGACUAUUGAAGGUCUUGCUGACAGAUACCCAGAUGAAGCUAAGGAGGAACUAAGCAACAUUCGUGGAAGAAUUGUCCUAUUUCCACCUUUACAUUUAUAUAAAUUCUUCAACGAUGUGGUCAAACCAUCCAACUUAGAUUACCUAAAUAUGUUUGUGGAUAAUCGUAACGUUGAUGACAGAAAAACAAUGUAUGUAUAAUGACUUCGAUAGCUUCACAUUCCUGUGUUGUUGUAGUGUUUACUGUAAUUGUACCCAUGCAUGAGUUAUUGCUUUGUA